AUGCCUACCACGGUGUGCACAGCGAAGGCGUCUUGCAAGAAAUUGCCAGGCUUGCUAGAGCUAACAGACACACAUCUCCAAUGGACACAGGAUGGCAAGAAGGCGCCAUCUAUACGCGUAGCUUACGCUGAGGCGUCAUCUCUUUUCUGUAGCAAGGAGGGUGCUGCACAAGUCAAAUUGAAGCUCUCGCUAGUAGGGGAUGACACUGGCCACAACUUUACCUUCACGUCCCCGCCGGCUGUCGCGAUCGCUGAGCGCGAAAAAUUCAAGCAAGAGUUGACAACCAUUAUAAGUCGCAAUAGAAGCGCGUCAGAUCCUUUCAGCAGACCUGUCAUACCUCCGAUUAACGCAAGCAUCCCGCUCUCUACAGCUCAGACACCAACAACACAGACACCACGUCCUCUACCCACCCCUUCGCGUCAGCCUCCUUCCAGAGCGGUCUCUGUGGCGAGCGAUAGAAGGGCAACACCAGUUAUUGUAGGAAAUGACCCAGCCAGUGAAUUUCGAUUGCGCAAGAAGGUUUUAUUGGCCAAUCCUGAGUUGGGACAAUUGCAUAGGGAUUUGGUUGUAAGUGGUCACAUCACGGAAGCGGAAUUUUGGGACGGGCGAGAGCAUCUAAUUCUAGCACAAGCCGCUGCCGAGGGACAAAAGAAGGGGAAAUCAGGCCAGCUUGUGGAUCCUCGCCCGGAGGCAGUUGAAGGGGGCGAAAUUAAGAUCCGCAUUACACCUCAGCUUGUGCAUGACAUAUUUGACGAGUACCCUAUUGUACAAAAAGCUUACAGUGAAAACGUAACCAGCAAACUCACGGAAGAACAAUUCUGGAAACGAUAUUUUCAAUCCAAACUGUUCAAUGCCCAUCGGGCAUCGAUUCGUUCAUCUGCUGCUCAACAUGUUGUCAAAGACGAUCCAAUCUUCGACAAAUAUUUGGAAAGAGAUGACGAUGAAUUGGAACCAAGGCGUCCUCGUGAAGAACAUGUAGAGGUUUUUGUAGAUCUUGCAGCUACACUUGAAGACCAUGAAGAAACGGGAAAUGAAAAAGAUGUCACAAUGAGGGCCGGUAGACAAAAGGCUGCAUUACCGCUCAUCCGGAAAUUCAACGAGCACUCAGAAAGACUUCUAAAUUCCGCGUUAGGCGAAAUUCCUCCAGCUAAACGAAGGCGACUCGAUCCUGGAGAGGAUAUCUAUUCUCAAAUCGACAUCGAUGAUUUACAUGAUCCAGAGGCAACAAAUGGUAUCAUUCUUGAAAUGCAAGAUAGACAACGGUACUUUGAGGCGAGAAUGUCCGAGGCCAACCAAGACGGUUCACUGCAGAAAUUGGAUCCAGCUUUUGUUCUAGCAAAGGCAAGAGCCAGCGUCGAUCAGUGGGAUGUAAAACUUACUCAACUUAAAAUUGAACGCAAACAAGGUGAUGCCGCUUUGCUUGCCAUGACGCAAAAUGUGGCAAAUCGUCUAGACGUUAGAUCGAAGAAAAAUGAUAUUCCGGAUGGUUUAUUUAGACAAAUGACGUCCUGCCAAACCGCUGCUAAUGAAUUUUUAAGACAAUUCUGGUUGGCAACAUACCCACCCGCGGGAGAACUACAGACAGUGGCGGUGGCUACACCGCAGCAAAGAGCUGCCAAGCAAGCAAAAAUGAUAGGCUAUAUAUCCAAAACUCCCGAAAGAGUAAACGCAUUAGUGCAGGUCGCAAAGCAGUAUGGCAUCGAUGCAAAUCGUGUAGAGAUUGCUCUGAAACCCGUGGUCCAAGCCUCUGAACACGCCCUCACCUUUUGGCGUAAUAGAAAGCCCCCUAAACCACAGCAAUAA